UUUGGAUACGGGUGUGGCGCCAGUCAGACAGAGCGCUGAAUCAGACUAGCACGGUAACGGUGGAGUAGGCUGGACGGCUGAGCUGCGACGGAUUCGGUCAGUGUGUUUAUUCAGAUUUGCGCUUGGCAGUCAGGACCGGACGCCUUCGGGUUCCGAUCCGACCCGAUCAUUCCCGUCGCCUCCGGUCCGCCCUGAUUCUAUCCAUUUACAGUUGUCGGACUUCUGCUUUCCACGUUAGUGGGCAUUUCAUCAUCAUCAUCAUCAUCAUCACCUAACUUUUAAAGGACCGUUAUGCUCCGUUUCUAAGAGGCUGUUCCAGGAGAUUCGCUUCUAACUUCAGAGCCUGAGAUACGCGAGUUUCCCUCCAUCGGUGAUACUUAGUCUCGCCGGCUUCGUGAGAUUUCCGAAAGCACCACACGGAUGGAUUAUUAGUUUCCUGUUUUCACAAGCGAAACGCCAAAGUUUAGAGUACGCUGACGGUUUGUAAGGUCUUCUGAAACACCCAAACCAUGGGCUGCACGGUCAGUCAGGAGGACAAGGCGGCCGCCGAGAGGUCCAAGAUGAUCGAUAGGAACCUGCGGGAGGAUGGCGAAAAGGCGGCCAGAGAAGUGAAGCUGCUGCUGCUGGGUGCUGGCGAGUCGGGAAAGAGCACCAUCGUGAAGCAGAUGAAGAUCAUCCAUGAAGCUGGCUACUCAGAAGACGAGUGCAGACAGUACAGAGCUGUAGUUUACAGCAACACCAUCCAGUCCAUCAUGGCUAUCAUCAAAGCCAUGGCCAAUCUGAAGAUUGAUUAUGAGGACCCAGGCCGGGUGGACGAUGCCCAGCAGCUCUUCGCCCUGGCUGCCACAGCUGAGGAGCAGGGUGUGCUUCCAGAAGAACUGGCCAAAGUGGUGCAUCGGCUGUGGGCUGACGGCGGAGUUCAGGGCUGCUUUACGCGGGCGCGGGAGUAUCAGCUCAACGACUCUGCUGCCUACUACCUGAAUGACCUGGACAGAAUAGCCAGAUCGGACUACAUUCCCACCCAGCAGGAUGUGCUACGUACACGUGUCAAGACCACCGGCAUCGUGGAGACCCAUUUUACCUUCAAGGACCUUCACUUCAAGAUGUUUGACGUGGGGGGCCAGCGCUCCGAGAGGAAGAAAUGGAUCCACUGCUUCGAGGGCGUGACUGCCAUCAUCUUCUGCGUGGCCCUGAGCGCCUAUGAUCUGGUGCUGGCUGAGGAUGAGGAGAUGAACCGCAUGCACGAGAGCAUGAAGCUGUUCGACAGCAUCUGCAACAACAAGUGGUUCACUGAGACCUCCAUCAUCCUGUUCCUCAACAAGAAGGACCUGUUCGAGGAAAAGAUCACACGCAGCCCUCUGACCAUCUGCUUCCCAGAGUACAGCGGAACCAACAAUUAUGAUGAGGCAUCCAGCUACAUUCAGUCCAAGUUUGAGGAUCUGAACAAAAAGAAGGAAACCAAGGAGAUCUACACCCACUUCACCUGCGCCACAGACACCAAGAACGUGCAGUUUGUCUUUGAUGCUGUUACCGACGUCAUCAUCAAGAACAACCUUAAGGACUGCGGCCUCUUCUAGAGUCGGGGUGGCGGGGUGCUGAGGAUUACUUGAACAGCUCUAAGAAUCAGAAGGAUGAAGUGAGACCAUGAGGACCGCCUGCCUGCACUGGCCUGCAAAGAAUUCCUGCUCUAAUCUGCUUCUGUGUGUAAAACAGAGACUUAACCAGAGAACCUCGCAGAAUGUCACCACCGCCGAUCUCCUACUGCCGCAUCUCCUUCUGUUUUUGUGGUAUUCUGUUGUAUGUUUGAUAUUUAAUUUUAAGGGGGUUUCCAUAUAUUUUUUUAACUCCUUGGGUGACCUACGACCACAGAUUAACAAUUUGUUUCUUUUGUUGUUUUUCAUUCUUUAGCAGACGCAAAAAUUAAAUCUUUUAUAUAAAAAAAAAUGCAUUUAUUUUACUUUUUCAAGAUGUGGUGUGAAGGUUUGAUGGAACUUUUAAAUUGCAACAAGCUUAUUUUUUAAAAGGAGCUGGGCAUGAUUAGAAAAAACCUGAAUGAGAAGAAAAUGCUUUAAUAUGUUUACAUGAAGUUGUCGUUCUUAGAUUCAUCCCCUUUUGGUCCUGCGUGUCUGUUCAUAGUUGGAUAUUGGCUCCAGGGAAAACACAGAACAGCAUAUCAUUCCUUUAUAAAUGAAAAAUAAAUAACUAAAUUACAAAGCUUCAUACAGAGUGAAGAAACUACAAGAUUUUAACUGGUAUUUAAAAUAUGUAUUUACCUAACAUUCUUUUUUUAAUGGUUACAUUCUAUAUCUUUGAAAGUAUGUUCUGUGCCUUGACUUCUGUUAAUAUCUGACUCCUUAAAUUGCUUUAUCAGUAGUAUAUAUAGACUUAACUUAGGCCUAAUUUCCAUUUCAGUUCCUUCACGUUGCUGAAAAACAAGGUUAGUUGUUACGACAGAAUCUAACACAGAAAUGGGUAGUGUUGUUUUCAUACAGAUAAAGAAAAAUCUUUUAAAUGAUUUUAAUUUAAAUAAAAGGUGCCAUUAGA